UUUAUUUUUUAAUUAAAUAUUAUAAGAAAUAAUUAUUGUUAACAUUUUCAACAAAUUUAAAUAAUUAUUAAUAGUGUGAAUCUAGUAACAAAUUUUAAAUAUGAAACCGGUUAUUUUAAUUAUCAGCUCAGUGCUGAGUGCAUUCGUUUUCUGUGAAAAUAAAAUAUUUGAAACCCAGACCAUGCAACAUUCCAAUUCGAUUGAUGAUAAUCUCAAAAAACUGCUUAGAACUUGUUUUUUGAAUCAUACAAAUCCUAUAAUAAUUGAUGAAAAGUUCAAUACAAUGAUUUAUGAAGCCAUAGAAGAAUCACAGCUAUCACCGUCAGUCAUGCUGAUCAACGAAGAUUUUCAAUCCAAACCACCCAAACCAUUAUUUCUACCGACAUACCCGACCUAUAUAUUGCCAGGAGAUUCACCGCACAAACUGAAAUCUAUUCUUAAACAAUUAAAGUCAUCGCAAUGGUGGAGUACAGAAUCCAUUUUCAUUGCGGUGGAUUUGGGAACAAACUCGUGUAAAAAUUCCCACACAUCUCUUCAAGUCUUAUGGGAAAUGAAUUUGUUAUCUUCAUUUUACGUGUGUACCAAAAAUGAUUUGAUGAUUUACAUGUUCAACCCUUUCACCAAUAGAGUACCGAAAUUAUGGACAGAAGUAGAGAUUGGGAACAAAGCAUCCGAUGAUACGUGGACACUUUACAGCCAAACGUAUUCGGAAGAUCAAGAAUUCUGUGAGAGCUUGUUUUUCGACAAAACGAAGAAACUUGAUGGCUACAAAAUAAAUGCUGUCGCGAAUACUUUGCACAACAGAACGUGGGAGCCUCAUAAAAUUUACAAUCUUACGACUAUAAAAGACAAACUUUCACCAGUUCAAAAUCAUUUGUUUCCAUCAAUUUUUUCCGGCAUGAAUGUAACGCCACUGAUUUAUUUCGAUUUACCAGGUGCCCCAGUAUCCUCCAAAGAAAUCGGUUUUGUAAAAGGUUUAAUAAACGGAUCCUAUGAUAUUGCUUUGGCUGCGCGCCCCGUGGGAGAUGAUUACAAUGUUUCAUAUAUGUUUUUAAUGAAGGAUGUAGGACUUUCGAUAUUGACUCAACACCGUAAAUUUUUAACUCCGUUCGAAAAAAUUUGUCGCUAUUACAGCAUCGGUGUUAUAUUGCUCUCCAGUCUCGUUCUUGCGAUGACAUCGCUAUUGAUAACUAUUUAUUACAAACGAAAUUUCGUAGUGGCUUCUACAGAAGUUCUGAGAAUGGCUCUCAGCGCAAGUACAGAUAUACCGUUAAUUACUUUUCCAAUCAGAAUAUACUUCUUUGGAGUUUUAUUACUGAUAUUAAUUAUCAACGCGACAUUUCAAGGACACAUAGCGUCAUUCCUAACAAAACCUGAACGUAUAACCGUUGAUAGUUUGACUAGUUUACACGAAUUAGGGUACAAGAUUUAUAUACCUCGCAUUGCUUUGAAAUCGUCUAUUUUUAUGAAACGUAAUAUAAAUGCUGAAACUAGUAUCGAUUGCACACAGCGCGUUCUGGACGAUCCUAAUGUAGCUUGUAUUGGAUACUUAACUCAUUUAUUAGCGCUCGCGAAUAAUAAUGACUCUUUGCAUGUCUCACCGGUAAUAGAUCGUUUUAUGGCUGUAGUCCUGAUUCGCGACGAUUGGCCGUUAAAAAAUAAAGGUGAUGACAUUCUACGGAAACACGCAGAAUUCGGGCUGCAUUGUUUUUGGAGUCGUCAAUUAAAUGUAGAUCCGUUACUAAAACUACAGUCGAAAGAAUUAUUAUUAACCGAAGCGCGUUAUCGUCCAAUUAAAUUUGAGGAUGUAGAUUUUGCUUUUAUAAUAUUUGGAAUUUGUUUGGUGCCUGCGGCAAUUGUUUUCAUUUUUGAGAUCUAUUAUGGAUAUUAUAUAUAUUGCGAUUAAUUAUUAACAUUUGUGUGACAUUGUCUGAUUUACUAUUUGUAACCUUCGAGUGUAACACUACCAAUUGUGUGUGCAUUAUGUACGUCCGCAAAUAGAAGAAGACAAGUUAAACUAGGAUGCGUCAGACAAUUGACGAAUCCAAAAAUAAAAAUCAAAAUUUUUUAUUUUCGAAAAUGAAUUGUAAUAGUUAUUUAGCAGUUUGUCUUAAAUGUGUGUUAACUUUGUAUAUUUAAUUGCAAUAUCGAGUAAAAAAAUAAAUACUAUCAAAUGAAACAUAUUUCAUUAUUCAUAAAAAAAUGAAUUCUAGUUAUUUAAAAUGGGUAUUCUUAUCUGUGGUUUCGAUUUGCAUAAAUAAUAUUUGUACACUGAAAAACGCGAUCGCUAGCUGCUACAGAAAA